AUGGACACACCCUCGGCUGGCGGACUGGUGUCUUUGUGCCUCGGGAUCUACAUACCACAUCUCAUCAUCUCAACCUCCUUCAAGAUUUCCUCAGCCACUGUUUCCCGAAAGCCUUGUAGCAGGAAAAUAUACUCAAAUAAGCGGCGUGGUAUUACAAGCGAAGCGGGUUUUCUUCUUCUACUACUACGAACCAUGUCUCUGGAAAAGAUCUACAUUGUCCGUCAUGGAUUCCGCACGGCCUGGACAGUCGACAACAAGGGCAACUACCGCUCGCACAUUCCCUCGCCGACGGGCAUCGCCGCCGACCCGCCCCUGACCUCGCACGGCAUCGCGCAGGCCGAGGAGCUCGCGGCGCACCUGGCAACGCUGACGCCCGCCGUCGAGGCCGUCUACUCGAGCCCGUACUACCGCUGUCUGCAAACCAUCGAUCCAUUUGUCAGGCUCCAGUUGGCAGCCGCGAGCGCCGGCACGCUGACCUCGCGGGCGGCGGACACGGUGCGCAUCCGCGGCGAGCACGGCGUGUGCGAGUGGUUCGGCGCCGCGCCGUUUGAGCACCCGCAGCCCGCCGACGCCGCCGAGCUUCGCGGCCUGUUCCCGGCCUACGACGCCGACUUCGUGUCCCCGGUGAAGCCGCGGGUGCACGGGGAGACGUACGCGCAGCUGGUCGCGCGGGUGCGCGCGGCCAUGCAGGCCCUCAUCCGGCGGUGCGACGAUGAGGGGAGGCGGAGCGUUGUCAUUUGCUCGCACGCGGCCGUCAUUAUUGUGCUGGGCCGGGUACUGACCGGCCAGCACCCUGACGAGAUGGAUACCGAGGACUUCAAGGCAUUUACGUGCGGGUUGAGCGUGUAUGCACGGGGAAGAGGGGCCGAGGGCAAAAACACCGACGGCAAGUCGGACAAUGUUGGCAACUGGAUUUGUGAAAGGAAUAGCGACUGCAGCUUCCUGAGCGGAGGCGAAGAACGUGGAUGGAAGUUUGCGGGCGAUGAAUCCUUUCCCGGUACAGGAUCCAUGUCGCAGGAUGAUCCCGUCGAGUCUAAGUUGUAG